ACCGCCACCAACCCAGAGCUUCCUUUGCUUCGAGGUGACGAGCAAGCUGCCUGCCUGUUGCUAGAACCUUCAUUCAUCAACAAACGCACUUUGGGAUUGACGUGUCUUUUUAUCUUGACUCAAUCCCCUCUAAAUUUACCAAAGCUCCUCAUAAAUCUGCGACUUCUGAAAACUUGAUCAACACACAUCUCUACUACCCCGCCUUCAAUCGUCAACAUGGCAGACCACGAAGCCCAGAUCGUGGAGUUUGCAGGCCUGAGCGGCGCAAGCCCUGAAGAGGCCAGACAGUAUCUUGAAGCCCACAACUGGGAUCUCGCCGAGGCCAGCAAUGCUUGGUUCCGUGAUGCCGAAGAUGAUAACCGCGACACAUCCACAGCUCCCGCUGCCGCUCCUGACAACUACACGGGUCCUCGAACCCUCGACGGCCGACCAGCUCCAGAGGCUGCCCGCAGCAGCCAACCGACUCGCAAACCUGCCGCAUCACAACAGAAGAAGAGGGGGGUUGCUACUCUAGGAUCUCUCGGUAGCUCAUCCCACCAACACGAUCAUGGUGAUGACGAUGAUGACGAUUUCGACGGCGAAGACGAUGAUGGACGAGGAAACCUAUUUGCCGGUGGUGAGAAGUCUGGAUUGGCUGUUCAAGAUCCGCACCAGGAGGGCGGUCCCAAGAAGAUCAUCAGUGACAUUCUCGCCAAGGCACGAGCCAACGCUCAACGCCCCGAAGCCGAGAAUGAGGCUGGCCCUUCUGAGCCCAGUCGCUUCCGGGGAACUGGACAGACACUCGGCGGAGAUGGUGUCGAGAGCCGCAGCAUUCCUGAUCCUCUCGGCCCAGCUCGCUCUUCAAACGCCGAACCUCAAGAACGAGUUCUUCACAUCUGGCAAGAUGGUUUCAGCAUCGAUGACGGUGACCUUCGCCGAUUUGACGACCCCGCAAACCAAGCUGACCUCGCCCUGAUCCGAGCUGGUCGCGCACCUCUUCACCUCAUGAAUGUGCAGCAUGACCAACCCAUCGAUGUCAAGCUUCACCAGCACGACACACCAUACCAGCCACAACCCAAGAAGUACAGACCUUUCGGUGGCUCUGGUCAGCGACUUGGAGCUGUUGUCCCUGGUGUUGAGGGCUCAAGCUCUUCCCCUGCCCCUGCCGCUUCUUCCGCCGCUCCGUCGUCAUCCAAUGCUCCAACUGUCGAUGAUGCUCAGCCCACAAUCAUGAUCCGAAUCCAGAUGCCCGAUGGUACACGUCUACCUGCUCGUUUCAACACCACCCACACUAUCGACGAUGUCUACGGUUUCGUACAGGGAGCAUCACCAGACACACGAUCCAGAUCAUGGGUUCUUUCCACAACAUUCCCCAACAAGGACCAUACCGAUCGCAGCAUGGUUCUUGGUGAGAUGCCCGAAUUCAAGAAGGGUGGUACUGCCGUUGUCAAGUGGACUUAGAUAUGGAAAAAUCGGCGUUGAGGUUGAUUUACGGACUGGCCAACAAAUUCAGAUGCUAGCAUUGACUUAUAGAGGUCAUGGAUAGAAUCACGGAUAGCUAAAAUGCGAAAUGACUUGUAAAUGAGUCUUGUAUGCAUGUCUGUAACUGAUACUCAAAAAUAUCACCUAGAGUGGUAUCUCAACACCUAACGCCAAAUAACAAGCCAUACGCCGUGAUAACUCCGAUCUAUGUGGUCUUAUCAGUUUAGGCGGCAGCAGUGGUGGUGUUGGGAGCUGGAGUUGCGGGACCAUCCAGAAAUCUGAAGUGCUCAAUGGCGAUCUGACAAUUGAGCAUGGCAGCGUUGAACCGAGCUUCUCCGGGUGGAAGAACAACCAUGAGAUACGUGUUUGUCGUGAACUUGAGAAUGAACAGACUAAAUCGAUUGCCGGCCUUGUGCUCCAUUCGAAUGAACUGCUCGGCGUUGCGCGGCGUACCGGUGAAGCGCGAAAUACUCUGCUUGAAAUGCUUCAUGAUGUUUGACAUGCGCUCUAGUCGAUCCUCAGUCGGGUUUCGUUGUCCUUCAGACGAAGUCCAGGAUGAUACGGCAAGGAACGAUGUGCGCUCGAACAGCAGCAAUUCUUCAGCUUCGAUGGCGAGACCCAGGUUUGCGAGAUUUCGCUCAAUCACCGAGAGGUUAGGCACAAGGUCAUGAAUAAUCGACGCCCACGCUUUAUACAAGCUCUGAUCCCAAAUCGACGUCGCAAACGGCGUGAGCUCAAUCGACGACGCAGCAAUACCGACUGAAUUCGCAUACUCGAAGGUCUUCUGUCGCACAACCCGAAUGCGCUCAUCGUAAACUGACUCACGUGCCGUAGGGACAACGAGAUCCAUCUUGUGAAUGAGGAUGUAGAUCUUUGCGGCGGGGGAGUAUUGCAGGAGCGCGGAGAGGAUGGAGACGUAGGUUGCCAAGUCGCGGUCGACGUCGCGGGAUUCAAUGUCGAAGACGUAGAUUAGCACGCCGACGUUGGAAAAGAC